GUUAGGGACCCAAUUGCGCUUUUUAGAUCCACAGGCCUUGAUGUGCCAAAGUAGCAAUUCAUCAUCGACUAAAAAUGUCAUUAAACUGACUUUAACCGGCGCCCAGACCUUGUUGACUUCUCGCUGCCCCUUCUCCCCCCAAAUCGCUCGCUCUUGUCGGGCUUUAAGAUGGGCUUUAACUUUAACUUUCCUGUCUUUGGAGUGCCUAAGCUCAGUCCUUGGUUUGGGUAGUGUUGGGCCUCUAACUUGCAUCCAAAUCGGCUGCCCUACAUCCUAA